AUGCCGGGAAGAUCAGAAACUGAAGCGAUUUUCCUAGCAAGAACACUCCUAGAUACCUACCGUGCCCAGCAAAAAUACCUCCACUUACUCUUUAUGGAUCUUGAGAAAUCUUAUGAUAAAAUCCCUCGUGAAGUCAUAUGGCAGGCGCUGGCGAAAAAGAACGUAACCGACAAGUACAUUGUCCUCAUCCAGGAUAUGUACGAAGGUGCAAGAUCCUCGGUAAGAACCAGUGGUGGAUUGUCUAACGAGUUUCCAAUUAAAAUUGGAAUCCACAAAGGAUCAGCCUUAAGCCCAUGUAUCUUCGCACUGGUCAUAUACCAGAUUACGAAGGAUAUUCAGGGGGAAUUGCCUUGGACCAUGCUCUUUGCGGACGACGUGGACCUGAUCGGACAGAGCAAGUCGGAUGUCGAAUCACGUCUGGAUACAUGGAGGAAAUCCCUUGAAACAAAGGGCUUCAGACUGAGCCGAUCUAAGACAGAGUACUUGAAAGGCCCCUUCAGUACAGAAUUAACAGACGACAGUGACGUCUUGCUGGCAGGUGGAUCAGGCAGAUGCUGGAAUUCCAACGAAAUUGAGGCAAGAGCUUGCAGAGAAGCUACCAGAUGGGGAAGAGGAAAGGAUCCAAAUAACUUACUUUUUCUCAAUGAUAAUCAAAGCAUCAUCAAUAGCAUGAAGAACAAAUUUUUUGCUUUAGACUGGAGAAGUAAAGCUUACAUACUGAAAGCUUGGGAAGACAAGGAAUUUUUUGCUGAUGCUUCCACUAUUGUAUAA